AAUUAUAUAUAUAUAGUGGCAAACACUAUGAAUUUUUUGCCCUAUUUGAAUAGUUGCAAACUCACAUCAGCCAAUAUUUCCUUUCCCUAAAAAGAUGUACACAACCACCGUUAUUGUCCCCACAUGAGAUAGUAGAUCAGUUUUUGCACAAGGUCAUCCACUGAAUCUUGUAAUAACUUCUUAUUCCCAUAACAACUAGAUAGAGAGAGGAAUAGAGAUCUAGGCUUUUGCCCGGAAAUGGUCUCAGAAACAGAGGAGGAGAAUCAUCAAUUUUUAGCCAAUAAUCAUAAUCAUCAUCAAGAAAAUAUUGAAAGAGAUACUACUACUAGCAAAGAUGAUGAUCAUGGUAAUAAUAAUAUGGGUAAUUGGCUCAGUCUUGGUAUUAAUCAAAGAGAUGAUCAUAUGCUCAUCCUUCAACAACAACAUCAAAAUCAACAUCAACACCAUCAUCUUCAUCUUAGGCGACCUCUCAAGAACAAACUCUUUUCUUGUAAUUUCUGUCUUAGGAAAUUCUAUAGUUCUCAGGCCUUGGGAGGCCAUCAAAAUGCGCAUAAACGAGAAAGAGGAGCUGCAAAGAAACACUACCAGUCGAUGAGGAUCCCCGUGGCUAGUACAACCUUUCAUAAUUUCCCAACUCCAUUUGGGCGGUCACUUGGUGUUGAAGCUCAUUCUACCGGUCACAUGGCUCCGAACAAAGAAGGGUCGAGUCCACAGACCAAAACUACUCUCGGGUCUGGGGUUGGAGUUGGUUGGAAUUCUUGCACUGAUGAAGAGGAAAGGGUUGUUUGGCCAGGCAGUUUUUUCGUUGAAGGUUCGUCUAAUGUCGAUGCUCAAGAAGUCUAUGACUCGCGUCAAAUCGAUCUAAACCUCCGGUUGUAAAGGCAAUAAUUUUUUUGAGUUUUGCUUGCUUUAUUUUUGUUAAAUUACAUGUUUGAUAAUGCCCCUUUUCUAAAUUUUGCUGUGGACAUGCUUGAUUUCUUUUUUACUUUUUAAGGGAAAUGGCAGCUUAGAUGACAUGAUGAGAAGAACCGAUCAAUUUGCAAGAGUUGAAUCUACUAAUUUGUGCAGUGUUAUGUAUCAUAUGUAAAUAUACAUAUAUAGUCCAUUUCUUGAAUCUGGUAUAAGUCAAAGAUAUAAGCUGUAAAUUAUGAUUUAUGUCCAUCGACUAAAAUGUUAGUGACAAUGAAGGGGACUGGUUACUAUUUACUUGCGAACCCUCAAUUUAUAUG